CUCUUUGCUCUCUUCCUUUUCUCAGCAAAUCGGCCGUCCGGCAAGCAUCCUUACCGAUAGUAUAUAAGAAAUAGCUUUGAACGCGUUAAGCGUUGCCUUUGCCAUGCCGUCGUCGCCUUCGCCCGCUCUGCGCAGGUUCAUUGGCGCUGUGGACGAUGAAUGGCAGAUGUUCAGCGAUAACCCUGACGACUACGAGAUCGGUCUUCCCAUCGGGUUCGGCGCUACCUCGAUUGUAUAUGCUUCACGCUAUGUACCCAAGGACGAAUCGACUCCCGUUCCGUGUGCCCUCAAGGUCGUGAACCUCGACAAGCUCCCUCUUCAGUCCUUGCGUCUCCUACGUCGCGAAACACAGCUCAUGAGUUUGUCGAAACACCCCAAUCUUCUCCGUGUUCGGGGAUCAUGGACUACCGGCCACCAUUUGCACAUCGCUCUCCGUCUUAUGAAUGCCGGUAGCGCCGCCGAUGUGAUGCGCUACGGAUGGCCUGGUGGUAUGGAAGAGGACGUCGUCAAGUGCAUCCUCAAGCAAGCGCUUGAAGGGCUCAAUUAUUUACACAUCAAUGGGUUCAUUCAUCGCGACAUCAAAGCUGCAAAUCUCCUUAUCGAUGAUGAUGGUACCGUACUUCUGGGGGACUUGGGUGUAGCAGCGUCACUCUGUGAUGAAGAGCCCAUCCCAAUCCCGUCUGGCUCAGGCCAGAAAAUGAACUUUGACGGCACUUCGAGCGCUGACAACUCCCGCCUUCCAACGCAGGCACCUUCAAAAAAGCUCGGCAAACGCAAGUCCUUCGUUGGCACACCGUGUUGGAUGGCACCAGAGCUCAUUUCGGGGAAACAAUACGACGCGAAAGCAGACAUCUGGUCCUUCGGGAUCACCGCCAUCGAACUGACUCAAGGCCGUGCUCCACGCUCUCGAGAAACGCCUGCUCGAGUGCUUUUGAAAACCGUGCAAGAUGCUCCUCCAGAAUUUGCUCGAGAAAGUGGUAACCAUAAGUUUUCCAAGGCCUUUAAGGAGAUUGUGGAGGCGUGCCUCGCCAAGGAUCCUUCUCGACGGCCAAGCGCUGCCGAGCUCUUGGAUACCCCCUUUUUCAAAGGUGCAAAACGUAAAAAUUAUCUCGUAAAUGCCAUUCUUAAGGAUUUACCGCCCCUCAUCCACCGUCAAGAGCGGCGUGCAAAAACAUCGAGUCCCUUGACGGCCGCGAGUCGAAACUCGAUGUCGUCCUGGGAUUUUUCUGUUGAACUCCCACACACACCGAGCGCGCAUAUUCGAACAUCACUCAACUCAGCGCAUUCCACUUAUUUUAGUUCAACUUUUCCUCAGCAUUCUCAUCACUCAAAUCAUCAUACCCUUAUUCAUCCUGAUACGUCCCGAUUGGACGAUUUGGAUGAGAACCAAUGCGUUGAUGCGCUCGAACGGCAUAGGGCAGCCCAGCGGGAACGUAUCUCUUCUGAACUGCAUGAUGGAGACGACGAACGGUCGUCCGUGGAGGUGGAAAGUUCUGUUUUUGAUCUGGAUGAGGCAGAAGAAGAGUCGGAUCCGACGACACCGGAAUUAGUGCCGACCUCGAUGGAUAACUCGUCUGUGGCUACUACGCCGUUGAGCUGUUCGCCAGCGACAGCUCUGGACAUGCAAAUGCAACAGGAGAAGAAACCUAUUGUUCUAAGUAUGCAAACUACUGGCAAACCAACGCCUGUAUCCACCCGAAACCGGUCAAAUAGCAAGCCCAUCAAGCCGACUUCGCGGGAAGGUGUAGAAACUCCGCAUAGUCCUACUCUACGUCGUGGUUCUUCACCAGCAUCCACCUUGGACCGGACCAAUCUCAGCUCGCUAUCUUCGCUGAAGCGUAUUGCGAGUGCCUCGGGGUUGUCUAGUUCCAAGAUGACCACUACCACCAUUGAUACAACCCCAUCAUCAACUCCACCUCCUUCGCAAUCUCCAAGUUCGAGAGGACUUUCGCCGGCACGAACGUCAUCGAAAGAGAGCCGUUGGAGGAAGUUGAUGCGCGGUGGUUCAAAGGGUUCGGAUGAGUCGACAACUGUCCCAUCGUCGAAGGACGGUGGUGAACGGAGGAAGAGUACUUUAGGGAGGAUAUUGGAGCGGACUGGGAAGUGAAAUCUUUUGUGGUGGAGUCUCGUGUACGACGAGGGACACCCGAAACAACCCUCUUAUUCCGACGCUACCUAAAUUAUACCACACACUAGCUGGCCUUUUUGCAUGGCGACUCAUGCUCGCGUCUGUACAUCUGUACACCCACUUUUGACAGUCGAUUCAACUCGUCACUAUCGACCCGCACAUGCAUGCCCACAUAUAUCGUUCAUUUUCGGUGUAUACUGCAAAGCACAUCAAUAUCGUUUCUUUUGCAUUAUAUAAUUCUCUCCCGCAAAUGGUUCACGACCACUUACGAAUUACGACACCCAGCUUUCUUGGUUUUUAUUUUCG